AUGUCAGCACCUAUAGAUGUUGGAAACAACUUGAUUAUGCAGGAGUUAUCUUACGACAUAAAUGUUUUACAAGCUGAAGCAGAUAAGUUAAUUCCUUCAUUAACUAAUGAGCAAAAAAGCAUAUUUGACAAGGUCAUGUCUACUGUAUCAAAUGAUAAUGGAGGUUUCUUUUUUGUUUAUGGAUUUGGUGGGAUAGGGAAGACGUUCCUAUGGAAUGCAUUGACAUCAUCGUUACGAGCACAAAGCAAAAUUGUACUUAUUAUUGCAUCAAGUGGUAUUGCUGCUACAUUACUACCUUCUGGAAGGACAGCUCACUCGAGGUUUGCAAUCCCUAUUCAAGUUAAUGAAACCUCAAUGUGCUCUAUUAGUCAGGGUUCUCCGUUGGCAAAAUUACUUGAAUGCACUAAGCUCAUUAUUUGUAAUGAAGCUUUGAUGGUGCAACGUUAUUGCAUUGAAGCAUUUGAUCAUUCACUGAAGGAUCUAAUCCAUUCAAAUCUUCCAUUUAGAGCGAAAUGCAUAAUAAUGGGAGGUGAUUUUCGUCAAAUACUUCCUGUGGUUCCAAAAGGUUCAAGAGCAAGUGUCGUUAAUGCAUGUAUAUGUUCCUCAUAUUUGUGGAGUAGUUGUACAAUUUUCACCUUAACAAAAAACAUGCGAUUGACAACGUUGGGAAGUGAAGAAGAUAAGAAGAAACUAGAGUGGUUUUCCAAAUGGCUAUUAGAUGUUGGUGAUGGCAAGUUAGGGGAGCCAAAUGACGGUACUACUGACAUUGAAGUGCCUAAAGCACUGUUAGUGAAUGAUUAUGAAGAUACAAUUGAAGGUAUUGUCUCAGUAAUUUAUGGUGAUGUCAUUGCAAACCUGUCAAACAAUGAAUACUUCAAUGAUAGGGCUAUACUUGCACCAACAAUCGAAAUGGUUGACAAGAUCAAUCAAUACAUGUGCUCUCUUUUGCCCGGUGAAGCCCAUGAGUUCUUCAGUUCAGAUUCAGUGUGCCAGGCUUCGAAUCAAAGGACAGCUUUGACAAUCUAUACACUACUAAAUUUCUGA